AUGUUUGGUGAGCCUGAAAUCGAUGACUAUCAGUUCCCCCUUCCAGGGUUUCGAUUCCACCCUACCGACGACGAGCUCGUUGGGUUCUAUCUCCGACGAAAGGUUGAUAAGAAGGCGAUGGGGAUGGAGCUCAUCAAGUCCGUUGAUAUCUACAAGCAUGACCCUUGGGAUCUUCCUAAUGUGAGCAAUAAUUUGGGAGACAAAGAAUGGUAUUUGUUUUGCAAAAGAGGAAGAAAAUACAAGAACAGUAUAAGACCAAAUAGGGUUACAGGGUCAGGAUUCUGGAAGGCCACUGGCAUUGACAAAGCAAUCUACUCCCAUGGAGGACAAGGAAAUGAGUGCAUUGGCCUCAAGAAAACCCUCGUUUACUACAAGGGAAAUGCUGGAAGAGGCACCAAAACUGAGUGGAUGAUGCAUGAAUUUCGCCUGCCUUCUCGCUCUCUUAAUACUCAUGCACCUUCCAUCUUCCCAACAAUCAGAAACAAUGUCCAAGAAGCUGAAAUCUGGACGUUGUGUCGAAUCUUUAAACGAAGCGUUUCAUGUGCAAAAUAUGCACCAAAUUGGAGGGAGAUUGCAGCAGGCAAUGGUGGUUCCAUAUUUGGAGAUAUUAAUAAUAGCGAUGAUAUGGAUGAUGAAUGUUGUGAUAGAGAUAGCAAUUACAUUAGUUUCAGCCCUUCUAAUUAUGCUGAAAACAAGGCGGUGGCUACUCAUCAUUGGAACCCAUUGAUGAUGAACUUCAGCGCCAUCUCCCAACAGCCUCCUUCUUCUACAACUGUCUCAUAUUUUGAUGGGGAUGCCACUGAUCUGUUUGGAUACAAAGAUAGGAAGAAGCUUCAAUUCAUUAAUGAUCCUUCAUCAUCUUUUAUGUUGUAA